CACGCUCUACUGGGAAGGAGAGGCUGUGUUCCGGGGUCCCUUGGCGGGGAAGUGGCCGUGUCCCCUCAACGGAACCCUCGUGCUGGGGCAGGAGCAGGACAACCUUGGGGGCGGCUUUGAUAAAAAUCAGAUCUUCCGCGGGGACAUGGCUCAGGUGUCCUUGUGGGACCGCGUGUUGUCUCCGUCCCAGGUGAGCGCUAUGGCGGGCUGCAGGGACCCUGGCCGCGGCAACCUGUUCUCCUCCGAUACCUUCUCGCUGGAGGAGGUGGGCGUGCGGGCGUCCCAACACAGCCUCCCCUCCCUGUGUCAGCACACCCAGCAUCACGUGGUGUUCCCUGAGGAGCGCACCCUGGGGGACGCCCGCAGCCUGUGUCGCCGCCUCAACGCCAGCCUGGCCGUGCCCACUUCGGCUGAUGACAACCAGCGCCUGGCAGACCAGCUGCCGGCCUUCCACGACGCCUGCGUGCCCACCGCCGCCUGGAAGCUGUGGCUGGGCAUCACAGACAGGGCGGAGGACGGCGUCUGGAGGAAAUUCCACAACAACGAGCAGAUCUCCUACAGCAACUUCCCGCCGGUGAACGCAGCCUCCUCCUACUUUUGUGCCUCCAUGAAGCUGGACGGCUUCUGGGAUGGCGACCGUUGCGCUAACAGGCGGUGUGCCGCGUGUCACGUGCAGCGGUCCACCUUCCUGUAUCUUCGCGGGCUGUGCUUCGACACAAAGUUCCGGAUGCGGUUCAGGACUCAGGGUUACAUCGACGGCCGCCCUUUCUUCCGCGGCUACUACGACAAGGUCAUGCUGUGGCAGGAGCAGCACAAGCAGUGGGCGGUGGUGGACGCCGUGACCAACGCCACGCUGCUGGCCACACAGGCCGUGACCGACAACGACUACCCGCUGGGCAGGCACUCAUGGGAGGCGUGGCGCGGCCUGUGUGGUCAUCCCAGGGGCGCCGUGGUGCCACUCAGCCUGUCGCCCUGCGAAGACAACGAGUUUACCUGCAGCACCGGGGACUGCGUGCCGCGCGACCUGCGGUGUGACUUCCGCUACGAUUGCAGCGACGGCAGCGACGAGGAGAUGUGCGGCGUGGUGGAGCUCAAGGAUCACCUGCAGAAGGAGCUGCCGCCACCCGGGGUGGACGGAGGUCCCCUCACCGUGACACCAUCUCUCACCCUGUCCCGCAUCGCUGACGUGGACGACAUCGCCAUGGCCGUUACGCUGGAGUUCCGCGUCUCGCUCGUCUGGACGGACAGCCGCCUCAGGAUGCGUCACCUCAGGCUUAACAAGAACGGCACUAUCCUGACGGAGGCCGACGCGCAGAACGUGUGGCAGCCGCGCUACUCGCUGGUCAACCUGGAGGGCGGCACACAGCAGCGCCUGGGCCAUUCCCUUGUGGUGACCAGCAGCAGCGGCGCCGCCCUACCUCCCUACAACAGCGUGGACAUGGAUUUGGUGUACCCUGGGGCCGCCAACAGCAUCUCCCUUCGUCAGCGGUACACGGCGCGGGUCACGUGUUACUUUGAGUUGUACGGGUAUCCCUUUGACAUCCAAUUGUGCAGCAUUGAUUUGGAGCUUCCCUCUGAGCUGGAAGACUACGUGCAGCUGGCGGUGCGUGAGGGCGUGGCACGAUACACGGGGCCCUAUGAGCUGUCCAAAUACACGGUGGAGGGAGUGCACUUCAGCAAGGCAUCCGGAGGGCGUGUGGUGAGUCUGGAGUUCGAGCUGCACCGCCGUCAGGGUAUAGUCGUGUUCUCUAACUUCCUUCCCUCCGCCAUGCUCCUGGUGGUGAGCUGGGCCACGCUCUUCAUCCGGCAGGAGGCGAUCAACGUGCGGUGCAUCAUGGCCCUCACCACGCUCCUCGUCCUGUACACGCUCUUCGCCAACAUGUCCCAGUCGCUGCCCUCCACCGCCGCCAUCAAGCUCAUCGACAUUUGGUUUUUCUUCAUCAUCUUCGUCCUCUUCACCAACAUCAUGAUCCACGUGUUCAUGGACGACAAGACGUCUGCUCAACCGCCGCCUCCGUCAGUACCGCCACCGGAGAGUCUCUUCACCAAGGUGGCUACCGUGACUCCAGUGCAGGCGCCUCAGCCAAUACCUGAGCAGCGGCCUCCCUCCGUAAGGUUCCUGCGGCAGUACCGCACGCUGUACCUGCCCCUCGCUGUGCUGGUGUUCAAUAUAUACUUCUGGGUGGCGGUCAUUCUCAGCAGGAAGUAACGCCGCGCCUCAGAAACAACUGAUCACACUCAUGAGACCAAACAGCAGCAUAUCUCUCGCCCGUACGAGACAUUCUGAUAAACUUAAUUUCUCUAAUGUAAGACACUCGGCACAUCUUUACUUGUUCUAUUAUACAGCCAUCUCCAAUCUUUGAAUCGAAUCUACUUAAUUUAAACUAAAAAAAAAAAAAAAAAAAAAACGUGGGAUACUGAAGGAUUCUAUACCUCAAAAUCUCUACAUCUGCUGACGAAGGAAGAGUAAACAGCAGCAACAGACCUUUUUUACGUGAUCUAAGCUCUUUAAUCUCAAGUAAAAAAGAAGUGAUAAAAAAAAAAAAAACGUUGGAUACUGAAUGAUUCCACACUUCAGGAACUCCACAGCUGCUGACGAAGGAAGAACAAAGAGCACCAGCAUCAGACCUCCUGCCCCUUGUGAUAACCUACACUGUCUAAUCAAUGUAAGGUCUUUCUCUGAUCUCCCAAUGUGUCUUUUGGGAUUCACAUGACGAACUCGAUUUCCAAAGAGAGAGAAAGA